CUCAGGUCUCCUGCUGCCCACACUCCAGCCUUGAUCUGCAGCCUGAAAAAGGCUGGGCUGCAGGCAGCAGAACUCAGUAUGCCUGGCUCCUCUGGUGUUCUCCCCAGUGACCUCCCUAGAAGCCCUGCGGCCAUGACACAGCUGCUUCUGCUCAUUGUGGCUCUCCUGGCCCUGGGUCAUAUGCCUCCAGGGAGAAGUGAAUUUAAGCGCUGCUGGAAGGGCCAGGGGGCCUGCCGGACUUACUGUACAAGGCAAGAAAUCUACAUGCACAUGUGCCCAGAUGCCUCUCUGUGCUGCCUCGCCUAUGGAACCAGGCCUCUGGCCUCUAAGCCUGUAUAUGUGUAGCUGGUUCUGGGGUUGGUACCCUUGCUCUCCAAUAAACACCUGCUGCACCUGCCUCCUCUUGCUGCUUGCUCACCACCCUGCCCGCCCCCGUGCUGAGUGUAUGGGGGAGCACGAGGUCCUGGUAUGGGAGGGGUGGAGGGAUGGUUGGUGGAGGGAGGUGGGGCGCCCGGGGCAAGUGGGUAUUAAUGACCUCGGUAAAUG